GUCUUAAACCGGGCGAAGUCUGGACAAGACCCAGGCGAACAAUGUCCAGUGCGUCGUUUAUUUUUAAGUGCGUGCGGUAUUACGUCACGGGAAUGUGGUGAUGGAGGAGGAAGGAGAGAGAGAGACAGACUGGGACUGGGACGGCAUCAGUGACUCUGAACUCCUGGAUCUCCAGUCAGAACAUUUCUGCAUCGAAGAUUCCUCUCAGCCACCCAGCUCUGGUGCCACAAGUGGAGACACUCAGAAUAAUAGUCCCGUCACUUUCACAGCAUCACCACACACCUCUGUGGAGAAGUUAAAUCAGAGCCCUGUUAAAAGAAACGAGGAGACGGGUGUGAAAAGGAAGAGAGAUGCUGAGGACGACCGUGUCCCUCCUUUGCGUUUCGGGAAGCGUUACCUGAGUGUCAGCCUGCUGUCUGAGCAGACCUGGUGUCAGAAGAAAGUUGUGUAUGGCUUCCUCAGACCCCAAAUCAGGAAAAAAGAUAAAGAGCGAAUUGAGGUGCAGACCGGUGCAAGCAUUCAUCUCGCAAGAGAGCUGGAGGUCCAUGAGGUCGUCCCGAUUAAUACUCAAACCCAUGAGGAUGUUGUGGCCGUUAGCCUGAUCAACAUGUUAAACAUGAUUCCGAGUUUAGAGACAGGGCAGUGUGUGCGUGAGUUCCCAGUGUUCGGUGUGGUAGAAGGUGUGUAUCUUAAGGGCGUCAUUGAUGAACUGAGUUAUAACCAGAAGGGGGAGCUGGUAUUGAAGGAGCUGAAGACUCGCAAACACAACUCUCUACCUGGUGCUGCCCAGGCUCUCGGCCAUCGCUUUCAGGUGGGCUUGUAUAAGCUUCUGUUUGAUGCACUGGUCAGAGGGGAAGUGAAGAAAGAACACAUUCUGAAGCACCUCAAACUCGAAGCCUCCCUAGCUCUUGGAACUGAGGUCAUAACUCUCGCCUCAAACGUUGGGAUAAACGUAGUCACCUUUGGUGAACUGCUGGAUGCGUUCCUCCUCACAUUGUCCUGCUCUGAUCUGCCAUGUGUUGAUGUGCUCCAGCUGGAAUACUGUCACCAGGGCUGUAGCAGCCUCAUUGGCACCAUGCUGGUGCAAUUUGACGAGUCCCAGCUGAGGGCAGAGCUUCAAGGUUAUCUGGAAUACUGGAGAGGACAGAGAGAGCCCAAGGGGGUGGAUAUAGAAGAGGCCUGGAAAUGCACAUUGUGUCCUUAUGAGGAGAUUUGUGACUGGAGAAAAAAUAGAUCUCAGGUCCCUGAGAGUCUUCACACCAGGAAGAGAGUCAACAUGAACUGACAUGCAAUUAUUUGUUUUGACCAGCUCUGCUAAUGGUGUAACCUGCUGUAUGCCUGUGACUAAUCAUUAUAACUAUUGCUUUUA